CUGGCCGGGAGCCGGCACAGGGCGAAGAGGGAGGGAGACGGGGUGUCUCAGUCACGCCAGACGACUCUCGCCGGGGCGAACGACGCGGCGCCCAGCGCCGUGCUGACCGACCGGGAGAGCGGGGGGACGGUAGAACUGCCCGUCCUCGAGGGGACGAUGGGCCCCCCGGUGAUCGAUAUCCGCUCGCUCUACGCCGGCACGGGCAAAUUUUCCUACGAUCCCGGCUACACUGCGACCGGCUCCUGCAAGUCGAAGAUCACCUAUAUCGACGGCGAGCAAGGCGUACUGCUGCACCGCGGCUACCCCAUCGACGAGCUGGCGGAACAGAGCGACUUUCUCGAGGUCUCCUACCUGCUGCUCCACGGCGAGUUGCCGAAUGCGGCGGAGAGGGAUCGCUUCGUCAACACCAUCACCAAGCACACGAUGGUGCACGAGCAGAUCAACUAUCUCUACCGGGGGUUCCGGCGCGAUUCUCACCCGAUGGCGGUGAUGAUCGGCGUGGUCGGUGCGCUCGCCGCCUUCUAUCACGACACCACCGAUAUCGACGACGCGAAGCAGCGCAUGAUCGCCUCGCACCGGCUGAUCGCGAAGAUGCCGACCUUCGCGGCGAUGGCCUACAAGUACAGCAUCGGGCAGCCGUUCGUUUAUCCGCGCAACGACCUCACCUACGCCGAGAACUUCCUGCACAUGAUGUUCGCGGUGCCGUGCGAGGACUAUCAGAUCAACCCGAUCCACGCGCGCGCCAUGGACCGCCUCCUCAUCCUCCACGCGGACCACGAACAGAACGCCUCGACAUCGACGGUGCGCCUCGCCGGCUCAUCCGGCGCCAACCCCUACGCCUGCAUCGCGGCCGGCAUCGCGACGCUCUGGGGGCCUGCCCAUGGCGGCGCCAACGAGGCGGUGCUCCAGAUGCUCGAAGAGAUCGGCACGGUCGAAAGCAUCUCGACCUUCAUCGGGCGGGCCAAGGACAAGGACGACCCCUUCCGGCUCAUGGGCUUCGGCCACCGGGUCUACAAGAACUACGACCCACGCGCGACGGUCAUGCGGGAAACCUGCCACGAGGUGCUCGACGAUCUCGGUCUCAGCGACGAGCUGCUCAAGAUCGCGAUGGAGCUGGAGCGGAUCGCGCUUGAGGACAAGUAUUUUGUGGAGCGCAAGCUCUACCCCAACGUCGAUUUCUACUCGGGCCUUAUCUUGCAGGCUCUCGGUAUCCCGACGCACCUCUUCACGGUGAUCUUCGCGCUGGCGCGCACCGUCGGCUGGGUCGCCCAGUGGAACGAGAUGAUCGAAGAUCCGGAGCAGAAGAUCGGCCGGCCGCGCCAGCUCUAUACCGGCCCGGCCCAGCGCAGUUUCGUCCCGUUGAGUGAGCGGGCUUAG